UCAUGCAGCAUUUUUUUAUCUAUUACCAUUAUUCAACAUCACCAAAUCUAUUCAAUUAAAACAAAUUAACAUUCCUUGCUCAUCAUUUCAACUUCACUACAUUUGUUACACUAAAGUAGACAGCAAAAAAGAAAAGCAAGAAACUGAUGGAAGGUUUAUGGAAUCUUGUAGACAAUUUGAAGAUUUCAACACUAGGUGCUAUUCUUCUACUUGCAUGUGCAUUUUUUGCACUUGUUUGCAUUUGCACUAUUAUUGUACUUAAAAGGAAAGGUAGUAGUAAUAAUAAGAUUGUGAAUCAAGAGGGUUUUAUAGAAGAGAAUGACUCUACUUCAACUGUCACAACGACGACUACUACUACCACUACCACCACUACUACGACAGAUGUUAGUAAGACUAGUACUACUAGUUCUACAAAAUGGUUAGAACCAUGUUGUGGAUGGAUUUCAGUGAAAAGGAUGUUGAUGGAGUCAAUGGUGUGGAGCAAGGCAAGAAAAUUGGAAGAGAAUAUUGGAUGGCAAAGAGAGAGGGGAUCUCCAUUGCUUGGAAGCUUACAAAGGCAUAGUGUUGAAAAUGGAUGGAAAAGUGUUAGUCAUGAUUCAGCAUCAGCAGUGUGGCAAAGACCAAUACUUAGAGGGGAAAAAUGUGAGCUUCCUAGUUUUAGUGGAGUUAUUCUCUAUGAUGAAAAAGGGAAAUUGUUAAAUGAUUCUGUGAAUGAGAUAGAAUGCAUGGAAGUUUCUAAACAGGAAGACAGAGAUGUUACGGUGAGAACUACACUAAAAGAUUUACUAUAGUACUUAUGUUACUGUAUUUUUCUUUCUGUUCUAAGUUAUAUCUGUUAGACAAUGAGGUUUUACUGUAAUGAAAUUAUCAAAUAUCACUCUGAAGUCUGAACAUAAAACUAUCAAGAAAACUGCAGUUUUUUCUGGUGCACUCAAUCACACGUUUUGCAUUUUACUGAAUAAUUUCCAAAGCAAUAACACAUUCACAACCUUCCAAAGCAAUGACUAGUUUGUAAAUACAGCUUAUAAGCACAAAGUGAAGAUAGUUCAAUGCUAUCUGGGAAAUAUGGAAACAAACACAAAAUGAUAUUCAAUUCAACUAACAUGUGAUCAUUUCAUUUAAAAAGAAAUCCUACUUUAAGUGGAGUAUUUAAAACUUAACACUAGUUUGUAACUACUCACAAAGUUGAUCUGAACCUAAAGCAGAUAGGUAAAAUUUUCUCAAAUGCAGAUAAAAUGAAGAAUGUGGAUCAUAUAGGUACCCGAAAU